UCGGUGCUGACAAGCGCUCGCCGACGUGGGAAGCGCGCCGUGGGGUUCGGAGCAGAUCUCGGCUUACGGCCGCGUCUCGGAAGCGCAGUGGCAUCCCCGAACCCUGCAGAACUGGGAUGGGCAGAGGAAAGGAGACGGGAAGGUGCCCAUGGCGUCGGAGCGGCGCAAGGUCAAGUACCACUGGAGCAGCACUUCCGAAGUGUGUUCCCGCAAGCGCAGCCACCCCCGGGAGCCCGGCGAUGUGGCCCCCUCCAGCCGGCCAGCUCGGACUUCUGCGUCGCGUCCACGAGGGGCCAGCAGCCCCAAGCGACUGAAAGCCCUACAGGGGAAUGUGGCCUGCAAGCCCAGGAGCUCGUCCCGCCGGCGAAGUUCCUCCUCCUCUUCCUCCUCCUCCCGGUCCUCUUACUCUUCUGGCCCAAGUGUGAGCAGGGCCGUCUCCUUAGGCUGCCCGAUUCAAAACACUCGAAGGUUCCUUUCGGCCAAGGGAUCCCCUCUGCACCCUGCCCGCUCCUCCCUAGGGAAAAUGGCUUCUCUACAGAAGGAAACCUGCAGCCUUAAGGUUAAUUCUAAAGAUAGUUCUCGGCACUCCACAAACUCUGAAUUUGGAGCUGAAGCCGAGGGUCAGAGUGGUGCUAUGGAGGAACCAAACAAAGUCCAGAAAAGGAAGAAGGACAGGCUUCGAGACCAGGGCUCUACAGUGAUCUACCUGAAGGCCAUCCAGGGCAUCCUAGGGAAGUCGAUGCCCAAGAGGAAGGGAGAGACUGCCACCGCUCCGGGAAAGCCAAACUUGGGAGAACAUCCCAGCCAAGAAGGACCAGCCAGGAGUGUGGAAGGACUGGCUAAGAACGAGGAAAGAUUGGCCAAGAACAGGGAAGGACCAGCUAAGAGCGUAGAACAACCAGUUAAGAGCAUAGAAAGACUGACCAGGAGCAUUGAAGGACCAGCCAAGAGUGUGGAAGGAUCAAGAGUCAAGAGUGUGGAAAGACUGACCAAGAGCAGGGAAGGACCUGCCAGGAGCAUCAAAGUUACCACUCCCCAGAAAGAGAAUGAGUCACCCUCAAAGUUCAGGGUGAAGGAGGAAAAGUCUAUAUUAGAUAGGAGCAGCUUCUGUGAUAGACGAGUGAUUAUAGACCCUCUGGAGAAACCCAGCGAGGAGCUGCUUGGUGACCGAAGGACAGUUACUGACAAACCCUCUCCAGUCCUGGAGUUUUUUGAUGACUCUGACUCUCACGUAGAUAUCCAGAAGCACACAGACAGGGAGGUGGUGAUUGAGCACCCCUCUUCAGGGAGUGACUGGUCUGAUGUGGAUGAGUUGGCCACUGUGAGGUUCUCUCAGGAGGAGCCCAUCUCAUUGAAAUACUCAACAGUUCCAGAACCUUCUUCCUUCCCCAUUGACUAUGUUAUGUACCCUCCUCAUCUGUACAGUAGCCCGUGGUGUGACUAUGCCAGCUACUGGACUAGCAGCCCCAAGAUUCCUGGCUACCCAUGGGUGGGCUGCAGUAGCCAUGACCCUGUUCAUGCUGGGAAGAGCAGCCAGAGCCUUCUGAGUACUCACUCUCCCAAGUCUACAGUGAGUGCCCACAAGGCCUCCAGAGGCCUGGAGGUUGCCCCAGAAGGCAGGUCCCAGAAUUCUCGCUCACUUAGAUUCUCCAGAAGCUCGGAGGAGGAGGAGGAGGAGGAGGAGGAGGAGGAAGAGGAGGAGGAGGUGAAGGUGAAGGUGAAGGAGAAACGGACAUUCCGUGAGGAGACAGCACCUCACCAUGUUGGAGGACACACAUCCGGCUCCCUGCCAAAGAGCUACCAGGAGCUGAGCCUGGAGGAGGGCUUCAUUGAUACCCACUGCCACCUGGACAUGCUGUACUCUAAGCUGUCUUUCAAAGGAACAUUUACAAAGUUUAGAAAGAUUUACAGCAGCUCCUUCCCUAAGGAGUUUCAGGGCUGCAUCUCUGACUUCUGUGAUCCACGGACACUGACUGAUGGCCUGUGGGAGGAACUCCUGAAAGAGGAUCUGGUUUGGGGAGCCUUUGGCUGUCACCCUCAUUUUGCACGUUACUACAGUGAGAGUCAAGAAAGAAACCUUUUGCAAGCUUUACGGCACCCCAAGGCUGUGGCAUUUGGGGAAAUGGGUCUGGAUUACUCUUACAAGUGUACCACGCCCAUCCCUGAGCAGCACCAGGUGUUUGAGAGACAGCUGCAGCUAGCUGUGUCUCUGAAGAAGCCCUUGGUCAUCCAUUGCCGAGAAGCUGAUGAAGAUCUGCUGGACAUCAUGAAAAAAUUUGUGCCCUCUGACUACAAGAUCCAUAGGCACUGCUUCACUGGCAGCUACUCAGUCAUCGAGCCCUUGUUGAAGUACUUCCCCAACAUGUCAGUGGGCUUCACGGCAGUUCUCACCUACUCCUCAGCCUGGGAGGCCAGGGAGGCCCUUAGACAGAUCCCAAUGGAGAGGAUCAUUGUGGAAACGGAUGCACCCUACUUCCUUCCUCGUCAGGUGCCCAGAAGUCUCUGCCAGUAUGCCCACCCGGGUUUGGCCCUGCACACAGUCCGAGAGAUUGCCAGGGUCAAAGAAGAGUCACUCUCCCAUACUUUGGUAGCCCUGCGAGAGAAUACCAGUCGCCUCUACAGUCUCUGAGCAGGAAGCAUGAACAAGCAUCUCUAGCAAAGGAAUGACGAGUGACCUGACCGAGUAGAGGCAGAGCCUUUAUCAAAGGUGAAGGGUGUGCUGGAGAGUCUGUCGGGACACAGCAAUCCAGGAUGGGAUGUUAUCCUCAGAACCUCAUCGCAAAGCUUCACCUGUUGGCUGUUGGGUGGGUGGGUGCAGUGGAUGUGGGGUAAGGAGUAGGGGACAGCAUUGGAGUUUUGUCCGCUUGCUAGAAGACCCUGUGGUAAUCAGUGAACACGAAUAUGUGACAAAAGGGCACAAUGAGUUGACCAGUCUGGAUCCCUGCUCUGUGGCCUGGGUUUCCCAGUGGUUUGAAUAAACUCACCUCCUCUGAGCA